AUGAAUAAAACUAAUCAAUUAAUUAAUAUUUGUAUUUUGGUCACAUUAUUUUUAAUUGGAAGUUCAUCAGCAUUAACAUUACAAGUUGAACCAAAAUCACAAGAAUGUUUUUAUAAUUUCAUAGAGUCUGGAAAGACUUCUUUACUCCUCUAUCAAGUUAUUAGAGGUGGCUUAUUAGAUAUUAAUGUUAAGCUCACAGAUCCAAAAGGAAAUACAAUUUUUGAACGUCUUCAUUUUGAUACACAAAUGAAAGGUAAACAAAGUUUUACCGCUGGUGAAUCAGGUGCAUACAAAGUUUGUUUCAAUAAUGAAAUGUCAAGAUUUACCGCCAAAGUUGUCACAUUUACAUGGGCUUCUGAAGAAGAAGGUGUCAAAGAAGUUGCCAAAGGUGAUUCAAUCACUCCAAUGGAUCAAUCAGUUCAAAAGAUUGAAAGAGUUCUUCAAUCAGUUAUUCAUGAACAAAAGAAAUUAAGAUAUAGAGAACAAGCAAACAGAGAUACCUCUGAAAGUACUAAUGCACGUGUUGUAUGGUGGACAAUCGCUGAGGUUAUUGUAUUAGUUGUAAUGGGUGUUGGUCAAAUUUGGUAUUUAAGAAAAUGGUUUGAUAAUAAAUCAACAGGAAGAGUUUAA